AUGCCUAGGAAAGCGGGGAAUGGGCAGCUUCCCUUACCCGAUGGCUGGGAGGAGGCGAGGGAUUACGACGGCAAAGUCUUCUACAUCGACCACAACACCAAGCAGACCAGCUGGAUCGACCCGCGGGACAGGUUGACAAAGCCCUUGUCAUUUGCGGAUUGUGUUGGGGAUGAAUUGCCAUGGGGAUGGGAAGCCGCGUGUGACCCUCAGAUUGGUGUCUACUACAUUGACCACAUAAACCAAACAACACAAAUAGAAGAUCCCAGGAAACAAUGGCGGCAAGAACAAGAGAGGAUGUUAAAAGAUUACCUUACAAUAGCCCAGGAUGCUCUCAGUACCCAGAAGGAGCUGUACCAGGUGAAGGAGCAGAGACUGGCACUUGCACUGGAUGAGUAUGUGCGGCUGAAUGGUGCCUACAAAGAAAAAUCAAGCUCUCGUACAAGCUUGUUUUCAGGCUCUUCAUCAAGCACAAAGUAUGACCCUGACAUUCUGAAGGCUGAAAUCUCCACUACAAGAUUAAGGGUUAAGAAGCUGAAGAGAGAACUCUCUCAGAUGAAGCAAGAGCUGCUGUACAAGGAGCAGGGCUUUGAAACACUGCAACAAAUUGACCAAAAAAUGUCUGGAGGCCAGAGUGGGUAUGAGCUGUGUGAGGCCAAAGCCAUCCUGAAGGAGCUGAAGUCCAUCCGAAAGGCGAUCACUUCAGGCGAGAGAGAAAAACAAGAUUUAAUGAAGAGUCUUGCAAAGCUGAGGGAAAAAUUCAAUAUUGACCAAACCACUGAAACAUCUGAACCAGACUUGAGUUCCAGCUCUGUAAACUCACAGCUGUGUUUUCCUAGACAAACUCUGGAUACAGGGUCUCAGACUGACAUUUCUGGUGAGAUCGGAGCAAGAAAUAGAUCGAAUUUAGCAGAGAAGGUCAGACUCAGUCUGCAGUACGAAGAGGCCAAGCGAAGCAUGGCUAAUUUGAAGAUUGAACUCUCUAAGCUAGAUAGUGAAGCCUGGCCUGGAGCACUGGAUGUGGAAAAGGAAAAACUGAUGUUAAUCAAUGAAAAAGAAGAGCUUUUAAAGGAGCUUCAGUUUGUUACACCACGCAAACGGACUCAAGACGAGCUAGAGCAGCUAGAAGCAGAAAGGAAGAGGCUUGAGGAAGAGCUGGUGUCUGUGAAAAGCACACCCAGUCAAGCACUUGCUGAAAGAUUAAAAUUGGAGGAGAGAAGAAAAGAGUUGGUACAGAAACUUGAAGAAACUACAAAGUUAACUACCUAUUUGCAUUCACAACUUAGGAGCCUCUCAGCCAGUACAUUAUCUGUGUCUUCAGGGAGCAGUUUGGGAUCCCUGGCGUCCAGCCGGGGAUCUCUGAACACAUCGAGUAGAGGCUCGCUGAACUCGCUCAGCUCCACGGACCUCUACUAUAACCAAGGCGAGCAAAUUACAGAUUUGGACUAUCAGUACAAACUUGAUUUCAUGUUGCAAGAAAAAACUGGUUACAUUCCUUCGGGGCCUAUCACUACUAUUCAUGAAAAUGAAGUGGUCAGUUCCCAUGGGAGACUCGGUUACAGUGACUCUCCUUCAGCUGCAGACCAUCCCAAAUUGACUAAACCUCCCAAAUCUGUGACAUCACUGUCUUCCAGAUCCUCUCUCUCCUCCUUGUCCCCACCAGGGUCCCCUUUGGUUUUAGAAGCUGCAUUUUCAGUGUCAGCUCAAAACUCCCCUCUGCAUCACCUCACUACGGACUUCGAAGACUCUGACCUUUCAGGUGAUUUUGCAGGCAUUAGCUUCUGCGAGAACCAAAUAUUACUGGACUCUGAAGCCAGAGCAGGAUCUCAGACUCCUACAGAUGAUAAAGGUCUAAACAUUAGGCAGCCUCUGCCUUCCCUACACGAAGGAAGUGGUGAUUUACCAAGAAGAACAGCUGGUCAUCUGCUUGAGGAGAAGACAGCUUGUGUUUCUGCUGCUGUGUCUGAUGAGUCUGUAGCUGGAGAUAGUGGUGUAUAUGAAGCUUCUGUGAAACAACCAAAUGAAACUGAGGACACUGUAUAUAGUGAAGAUGAUGCAACAACUCUAGAGGCUGCUCAGGUACAAAUAGGACUCAGAUAUGACCACAGCAAUUCAAGUUUUGUGAUAAUCAUAGUGCGGCUUAGAAACCUUCCAGCAUUUCCUGUCCCCCUUGGCUCUAAGAUGUAUAUCAGAGUAGCAGUCCUUCCAUCCUCCACUGAUACCAGCUGUCUGUUCCGCACUAAAGUUCAUCCUGCCAUGGAAACCAUUUUAUUCAACGAGAUAUUCAGAGUGGCCGUUUCUCAAGUGGCACUGCUACAGAAGACACUGAGAGUAGAUGUGUGUGCUGUCAGUAGGACUCGUCGGGAAGAAUGCUUGGCUGGGACUCAGAUCAGCCUGGCAGAUUUAUCACUUUCUGAUGAGACCUGUACUCUGUGGUACAACCUGUUGCCUUGCAAGCAGAGUCCUGGCAAAAAACCCAAGGAAGAAAAUGACGAAUACAUGUUUCUGUUAAGCAAGCAAUCACAGUCACUGGACUCACUGGACUUGGAUGCUGUGUCAGCUCUGCUGGAGAGGACAUCUGCUGAGCUGGAAGCAGUAGAACAAGAGCUGGCUGAAGAUGAGGAGAAGGAACAAGAGCAAAGGGCCUCUGAGGAAGACUGGCUAGAGAUGCUUACAGAGGCCUCUGAUGAAAUUGUGGAUGAAGAGGAAGAUGGCAUUAAGCUGGAAGUAGAAGGUGACUGUAAUGAUGACCUGGGGUUACUCAUGGAUGCACCAGAAAUGAAUGAAGACAAGAACAGAGAGAACAGUGAUGAGGCCCAGGAAAGCCAGCAAGCUGCUGUAAUUCUAACACUGGUUGAUAAAGAGACUAACACUGAGGAAUUGGUUAACGAGAACACAGCAGUCCGGCCCAAGGACAGAGCCAGCUGGAGCUGCAGACAGCGUCCCUUUGUCAGGAACAGCAUGAUAGUGCGCUCCCAAACCUUCUCUCCAGGCCAGCGGAACCAAUACAUCUGCAGGCUGAAUCGCAGCGACAGCGACAGCUCCACGCUGGCCAAGAAAUCUCUGUUUGUGAGAAACGCCACAGAACGACGGAGCCUGAGAGUUAAACGGGUAUGUGCUCCCAUGCUGCGGAGAGCUGCGCAAGAGUGCCCUGCACGCACUUCCCUGGACUUGGAGCUGGACCUCCAGGUGUCGCGCACGAGACAGAAUCGUCUGAACGACGAGCUCCAGGCCUUAAGGGACCUGAAACAAAAGCUUGAGGAAAUGAAAGGCAGAGGAGAGGCAGACCUUCCUCUGUGUUUGCUAGAGGAUGAACGUUUCCAGAAACUCUUGAAACAAGCUGAAAAACAGGCUGAACAGUCAAAAGAAGAGCAGAAACAAGGUUUAAGUGCUGAGAAAUUGAUGAGGAAGGCUUCUAAGGAUGUGUGCCGGCUACGGGAGCAGAGCCAGAAAGUGCCACUGCAGGUGCAGUCAUUCAGGGAGAAGAUAGCAUACUUCACAAGAGCAAAGAUCAGUAUACCAGCCCUUCCAGCUGAUGAUGUAUAAUUAUGCAGUUUCAUUGAAGUGUUUUUUCCACUUGUUCAUCUCUUUUCAGAUGAGCUUUGUCGUUCCAGUGAUGUGCUUUCAAAGAUCUUCUAUUUUACAUUCACUAUUGAUAUGUUUAUUUGUAAAAUAUAGUGAACUGAAUUGUUGUAAGCUUA